AUAUAUUUAUUGUUAUUCAAAGUAGAUGAAACAUAACCUAUAAAAGUUCAAGCAAAUAUAUAUAAAUAAUGAAGUUACCAAUUAUCAAAGUUUUUACGAAAGUAAGAAACCCAUAUUAUGUUAUCAUUACUCGAUUUCUAAGCAAAGAAAAUUUAUCUCGAUUAUCAUAUAAUGUUAUAAAUAUUCAAAAACCAUAUAAUAGAAGUUUCAAAACUAACCUAUUUAAAAAUAAAUAUGAUAAUUCUUAUGAUUCAAAAGAAAAAACUUCUUUUAUCGAAUAUUGUUUAUUGAGCAUACCAAUUUGUGCUUUUAUGCUUGGUACAUGGCAAAUUCAAAGACUUCAGUGGAAAAGAAAUUUAAUAGAUAAAUUGAAAAGUCGUACUAAUCAUGUACCAAUUGAAUUACCAGAAAAUUUAGAAGAUUUGAAAUCAAAAGAAUAUUACCCUAUUAAAGUAAAAGGAACUUUUUUAUAUGACAAUGAGUUUGUGGCAAUUAAUAAAAGUUUAAUAAAAGAUGGUAAACCAGUAGAAACUAAUUUUGCUAUGAAUAAGGGAGGAAGAGGAUAUCAUAUCAUUACACCUUUUAAAUUAGCAAAUCGAGAUUUAACAAUUUUGGUGAAUCGAGGUUGGAUUCCAAAAUCACUUAAACAUUCAUUAAAACAACAAGAAAAUCAAGUAAAAGGCGAAACAGAAAUUGUUGGAAUUUUAAGAAUAAGUGAACGAAGACCACCUUUUGUUCCUAAAAAUCGUCCACAUAAUAAUAUAUGGUAUUAUAGAGAUGUGGAUGCUAUGGCUAAAAAAGGGGAUGCAUCUCCUAUAUAUAUAGAAAUGAUUGCUAACAAUAAUCCAAAUCAAUAUCCGCUUGGUGGUCAAACAAUAGUGGAAUUACGAAAUGAGCAUUUAAGUUACAUUCUUACAUGGUAUUGUCUGUCUGCUGCAACUGCGUAUAUGUGGUAUAGGAAAUUUAUAAAACGAAUAUCAUUUACACAAUGAAAACAAGUAUAUACUACAUAAACAUGUAAUAGCAUAAAGAAAAUAAUUAUUAGAAAAUAAUAUUAUAUAAAUUAAA